AUGACUUCUAUCAAGCUACCAAAGGCCACCUGGUCUCACAUCACUUCCAGCAAGCGCCUCUACCGUUCUUCCCAAGCUGUCUCCACGGUCGGUCAAAAAACCUACAUCUUUGGCGGCGAGUUGCUUCCACGCGAACCGGUUGACAACAGAGUUGAUGUAAUCAGCCUCGAUGCCCAGGGCCAUGGUGCCCAAACGCUCACAGCUCCCGCCAAAGCACCCUCACCUCGAGUUGGCAGCCCAAGCACCGCCAUCGGAAGCAAGAUCUUCCUCUUCUCAGGACGCGGCGGUCUCGAAAUGAAGCCCAUUGAAGAAAAAGGCGCUAUGUGGCGUUACAACACAGCUGAGAAUACAUGGGACUCUAUCGAGCCAGUAGAUCCUUCUGCGCCAUUCCCUGAUGGUCGAAGCUACCAUUGCAUCACAUCAGAUGGAGUAGACAAGCUUUACCUCCACUCUGGAUGCCCCGAGCAGAACCGAUUGAACGACCUUUGGGUUUUUAGCGUGGCCAAUCGGUCGUGGACUGAGCUUCCUUCUGCACCAGGCCCUGCGCGCGGUGGCUCCUCCAUCGCAUUUCACGAUGGGAAGCUGUAUCGCAUGAACGGGUUCGAUGGCAAGACAGAACAGGGCGGCGCGUUGGAUAUCUACGACAUCAAGAACGUUUCUUGGUCUACGGUUACUUACAAACCAGAUGGAAUAGAAGGUCCUGAAGCGAGAAGUGUCGCAACACUACUCGCAAUCUCAGUGCAGAGUAAGACAUUUUUGGUCACCAUGUUCGGCGAGAGAGACCCAAGCGCUCUAGGCCACGCUGGUGCUGGAAAGAUGCUUUUUGACGUGUGGGCUUUUGACAUUGAGGAGAGCGCUUGGCAGAGAGUUCAGAUAGGUGACGAUGUACCUGUUGCUAGGGGGUGGUUUGACGCUGAUGCUGUGCGGGACGAAGAUGCAAAGAAUGCUGUGGUUUUCCAUGGAGGUCUUGGGGAGGAUAAUCAGAGACUUGGUGAUGUUUGGAUAUUGCGUUUUUAG